UCCUCUCCGCAUUACCCAAAUCCAGUUCCUUAAAAUCUAUCUAACUUCUAGAGAAAACUAAGGAGACCCUCAAUGAGACGAAGGAAAAGAGUAGCGAACAUUUCACCUAUCAACACAGAAGAACAAGAAGAAUGGCAACCCAAAGGUCCCUGCAGAUUCCAACAGCUUCCACAGGCUUUAGUCAUAGACAUUCUCUCAAGGCUCUUGGUCAAGACCCUCUUCAACUGCAGGUGCGUAUGCAAAUCCUGGCUUUCCAUUAUUUCCGACCCUCAUUUUUCCCACAUGCGCCUUUCGAAGUUACCCAUUGGGAUACUGAUCAAGACCAGACCCGAAAAAAGGAAAUCAAGGGUGAUUGAUUUUACCCAAAUUGAAGAAUGUGCUGGUUCUCACUUCCAGCUUGAGAAAAUGAGAUUUAGUACUAAAAAUAACUUACCACCCCUCUCUGAAUUUGAGUUGAUCAACUCAUGCAAUGGUUUGCUUCUUUUGUCCGGCGCUGGUCCAAUAAGAGAUGGUCCAUUGUAUGUGUGCAAUCCAAUUUUAGGUGAAUUCAUCACUCUUCCACCUACUGAUGGGAGGAGGCUAUGCUAUAGCUUUUUCGGACUUGGUUAUAGUGUCGCAACCAAGGAAUACAAGGUGCUGCAAACAUGCAGCGGCAACGACCGCACCGAUGAGAAUGAGGCUCAGAUAUACACAAUUGGUUCGGGAGUUUGGAAAAGCAUUGGGAAAACUCCUCAGGACUCUGCCCAGUUAGCACCAUUCAAUGCUGUUCUGCAUGGAGCUCUUCAUUGGCUUUCCUUUGGUGGAAGAACAUUUGAGUUCAUACAUACAUUUAACUUUGGAACAGAACAGUUCCGUACACUACCCCCACCUGGUUACUUUGAACCAUUUGAGAAGCUGUUUAAAGAGUGUCUGAAAUUGGGAGUGUUAGAUGGUUAUCUGUUUUUAUGUGUGUGUGGUGAUGAUCCUAGAAAAUUUGACAUGUGGGUUAUGAAGGAUUAUGGAGUCCAAGAGUCUUGGACGAAAACUCUGGUUGUUGAAGGCUUGUAUCUACCAACGGAACUUGCCAAUGAUGUUUAUGAACCACUGGUGUUUUUGAGAAAUGGGGACAUCCUGUUGUGCUACAAUGACUGGAUUGUGGUUUGUUAUAACCAAGGAACAAAGAGUCUCAAGGAAACUAGAGUUGCUCGGACUCGGUCACAUUUUCGUGCAAUCGGUUACAACCCAUGCUUUUUUUCUCUCCAUGAUGUUGCAAAAGGAGAGGAGGUGAAAAGGGUAAGAGACAAAAAGAACUCCAAGAAGCCCUUUGGCGUAGGGAGUAGUGGUUGUGCCAAUUCUGGCAUCCCCCAGAAGUCCAAAAAACUUAACUCAGGCUCUGGAUUGCCUGCUUAAGAGGGUCUUCCUAGAUCCACAAAUUCCUGUGAGUUAUCAUAGUUCAGAUCAGAUGAUUUUCUUGUGCCAUCUGUUGGUUGCUGUUUCAGUUAUUGCUUUCUUUACUCUAUCUCAUGGUUGUAGUUAAGGUUUUCUAUUUAACUCGCAGAAUUGAAAUUGCAUCAGCUAUAUGCAGUGGGCACUUGGGUUUUUUCUCACCAAUGUCUCAACAUUGUUUUGUGUAAAUGGUUUCUGUAAUGCCAAAGCAACUCUGCAUCAGUUUCUCAGUGAAGACCGAACAAAGCUUCGUUUUGUUAUUUGGCCCUAUGCUUCUAUAGACUAAAUGCAGGGCUUACUAGUUUUGAUCUUUUUCCAAGACCUUUUUAUCAAUA